GAUACUGUCCCCUGAAGGUAUAUCUAAACAGUUGGAAAACGUGUAUAAAUACUAUCGCACAUAUAGAAAAACGUUAUUUGAUUGAAUGACAUAUAAAGACAUUUUUGUGCAAUUCACUUACAUGCAGAAACCUUUCGAAAUUUGGAAAUAUAUGAUUGAUUUUCUUCCAAGGCCUGUCUAAUGCAUAUGCGCAAUUAAGUAAUAUGUCACAGUGAUGCAUAAAAAUAAACCUCAUAUCCAUCGUUAUAUGCAUGGCGAUUAUUUUACGUAGUGAUAUUAUUCACGUUUUACAGAUAUAAAAAGAUAGAAUUUAUCGCCAAACAAAGAGAUAAACUAUGGAAGUCGAAUCCGGAAAAGAAAAUAAGAACGAAAAAGAAAAAUCCGAAGUUGAAAGAACAAUGUCAACCUCAUCUGCUGUAAGUUUAAAACAAUAUCCUUCAUCGUGGAGUUUGAAUUCAUCAUCGCCUUUGUUGCCGCGUCCAAGGAAACGUUCUCUAACCAUCUCGUCUCUUCCGCCAAAUCCUGAAGAUAUUUUAGACAAGAGAGAUCCGAAAGGGCGAACACCCCUUUUCCUGGCUGUUAAAGAAGGAGACUUACCGGAUGCUAAACGUCUGAUGGAAAUGGGAUGUAAAGUAAAUUUAACGGACAAUUAUAAUGUCACACCUCUCCAUGCAGCAACAGAAAAAUUAAAUGGGGAUAUGAUAGAACUUUUAGUUGAGUACGGAGCAGAUAUAAAUGCUAAGAACAUAUUGGGCCAGACUCCGUUGAUGAGAGCUGUAUUAUAUGACGAUAUUGAUGUUGUAAAGCUGUUGCAUCAUUCAGGUGCUGACCUAAACGUAACGGACUGCACUGGAAAGACGGCCCUGCUAAUAGGUCUGCAAGAAGGACGAGUAGAAUGUUGUUCAUAUCUUAUAAAACACAAAUGUGACGUGAACCUUGUAGACAAACUUGGACAGUCAACACUCUACAUUGCUAUUCGUUGCUGCAAGAAUCCGUCAUCUGUUAUUGUACGAAAACUAAUGAAAGCCGGAUACGAUAUAAAGCGUGAUAACUCUAUAUGGCUGAAAAUGUCUGAAUUGAAUCGAUAUACUUUCAAAAGAAAGAGUUUUCUCGAUAAGGUUAAAGACAAAGUAGUGAGAAACCGCAAAUCAAAAACAGAGGAAGAACUUGUUGAUUGACUCUAAGUAGUUCCACACCUUCGCAACUUAUUCAAAAUAAUGUACCCCGCGAAAUUUUGUUCAGCCGUGUGAAAGAAAAAAAAAUCUUUAAAUAUUUUUAGUAGUGUGAAUGAUGUAAAUACUUAUGCAGUAUCUUUUAAUGAAUAAUUUCACAGUUUUGACUUAUUUGAAAUUUCAAAAAAGUCUGAACAACUAUAUUGAGAUGUAUAUGUAUCUUGCAUAGCUUUUUCGAUUAGGCAUUUAUCAAGAAAGUCCCAGUUGAUAGGAAACUAACUGACAUUUUGUUAAACAUGUGGUAUUUUGUCUCGACUGUAUGUAAUUUUGAUAGUAUAAAUUCAAACGUUCAAAUUAAAAUGUCAAAAUCUAAA